CCAAGAACUAGAAGCACUGGUUGGGUUUAUAGAUCAUUAUUAUUAUUGUUGUUGUUCUAUUGGUAACUGCACUUGUAUCAUCCCCGAAGGUAUGAACAGACCUCAAUAAAUACCGGCUUACAGGAGACAAAAGAGGAUCCUAUCCUGAUAUUCUUUAUUCAUCAUUUUGGAACACGACACACGCAAAAGAUGAACAUCUUCAAUAGACUGACGCCUCGCUACAUCACCCUGAUUUUCAGCUUCAUGACUAUCCUUCUUUUGUUCACCCAAAACCCGAUCGAUAAUACUGUAGAUUCCUUUGAUGACUCGAUCUUUCAAGCUUCAUGCUCCUGUAAAUCUUGCGUCAUGGGUUUUAUGGACGAUGACUGGUUCAUUUAUCGAUACGACCCCAGCAUUACACCUCUGCUGAACAGAAAAAACAGCGUGUUACGACGAGACACCUACAGAUGGUGGAGGGGUCUACAGCCAUCAAUGUUCAGGAUCAACUACACAGAGGUGGUGGAUCAGAUGUUUUCUCUCUUCCCUGAUAAAGAGCACUACUCAGACGCCAGUCCAGAUCGCUGCAGAACCUGUGCUGUGGUGGGAAACUCUGCAAACCUUCUGGGAUCCCAUUAUGGGUCUCUAAUAGAUUUCCAUGAUGUUGUGAUUAGGAUAAAUAAAGGCCCGACAAAAGGUUAUGAGAGGGAUGUGGGGUCAAAGACAACUCACCGGAUUCUGUAUCCUGAAAGCGCCAUGGACUUGGACAACUCAACCCAUUUGGUGCUUUUUCCCUUUAAGAUUCGCGACAUGCAGUGGCUCAUAAGUACCUUCACCACUAGACACAUCACGCGCACCUACACACGAGUCAAACCUUCAAUCAAAGCAGAUGAGAACAAGGUGAUGGUCCUCCAUCCUGCUUUCAUAAAAUACGUCUAUGAAAAAUGGCUUCUGAAACAUGGCAGAUAUCCAUCUACUGGCUUCAUUACAAUAAUAUUUGCCAUGCAUAUCUGUGAUAAGGUGAAUGUCUUUGGGUUUGGGGCUUCAAGUACUGGAACCUGGCAUCAUUACUUUGACAGAACUCGCACUCACUAUAAAGGCGGCCCUCAUGGUGGAGACUUUGAAAACAAAACAAUCCAUCAACUUCAGCAGAGAAACAAGAUUUCAAUAUAUAAAGGUUAUAGAUAAGACCAGGAAUGGACAUUUUCGGUUAAAUAUAUUAAGUCAUUUUGUUAACAUGUUGAUAAAAUUAUAUCACUUUCUUGUAUCCAAGAGUUUAAUGUGUUAAGAAACCUUAUGAUUAUCACAAUGUUGCAACAUUCACACAGAUUUGUUUACGCAUUUAACAAAGAAACAAGAUUUCUAAAUAUAAAGGGAUAAAUAAGACUUCCAUUUAAUGAAGGAUCUCAAAAUGGUGUAUAAAACAAAACAAACCAAACCAAAACAGCUACAAAAUGAAUGUAAAAAUGAAAGACAAAUAAAUAUAUUUUAAUAUGAAUGUUAGCUAACUAUGGUAACAAUGUUUUAGGAGCUGUAGCAAAUGCUGUAUAUUGUGCUACUCAUAUUUAUAAUACUACAAACUGUAAACAUAUGGUAUGUACCUGGUGUUCUUGUACUAAAGUAGCCAACUAAUCUGUAAGACAUUUGGAAUGUUUUAUGGAUAUUCAAAUUCUAUUUUGGUUGUAACAAAUGCUGUAUAUUGUGCUACUCAUAUUUAUAAUACUACAAACUGUAAACAUAUGGUAUGCACCUGGUGUUCUUGUACUAAAGUAGCCAACUAAUCUGUAAGACAUUUGGAAUGUUUUAUGGAUAUUCAAAUUCUAUUUUGGUUGAAACAAAAAAAAAAUCCUGUACCAAUAAGAAAUGUCAACACAAAACAAAAAUCUUCUUUGUCAUAUUGUUUAAGUAAGGAAUAAUUGAUGACAGGCCAAUUCAUUAUUAAAGAAAGAAUGCACACCCUUCGUGUCUGGGCCAUUACACCUCAGGUAUGCAUUAUUUUUUCAAAUAAUCCAAUGGCCUGGAGUCAA